AUGAACGCCGUCCACCACGAUCUGACCCCGGCCAUGGAUUCCAUCGAGGCCCGGAUGCUCGAGAAGCGAUACUUUGACUACCCCGACAGCAUGGAUCCACUCACGCGUGUCUUUCAAAUUGGUCUCAUUCCAGUUGCGCUCUGUGCCAUGAUGAGUCUGGUCUCCGUCACCGCAUUGCUCGUUUUUAUCACACAUCGACUAAUUUCAUGGCGAAAGCACUACCGUCAUUAUGUCGGAUACAACCAAUACGUCAUUCUCAUCUACAACCUCUUGAUCGCAGAUCUCCAGCAAUCAAUAGCAUUCUCGAUAUCAUUCCAUUGGCUUAAAAUCGGCAAGAUCUUGGCACCCACAACCCCGUGCUUCAUUCAAGCUUGGUUUCUCCAAAUCGGAGAUGUCGCCAGUGGUUUCUUCGUUCUCGCAAUCGCGGUCCAUACAUGGAUGGGAGUGAUCAAGGGAUACAAAUUGCCUUAUAUGUGGUUUGUGCUAUCAAUCCUGUUCAUUUGGUUCUUCGCCCUUAUCCUGGCUGUACUGGGUCCGGCAAUCUAUCAUGAGCGCUACUUCGCUCGCGCUGGAGGUUGGUGCUGGGUAGCCGACGAAUUUCAGCGCGAGCGUCUAUGGCUACACUACCUCUGGAUUUUCAUAGUAGAAUUCGGUACCAUAAUCAUCUAUGCGCACAUCUUCGUUCAUCUGCGUGGUCGCAUUCGGUCGAUUAUCGCUAAUGACAACGCCAAUAAGCUUACCCGGGCCACGAAGUUCAUGAUCAUGUAUCCUGCCGUUUACGUGGUACUUACUCUACCCAUCGCGGUAGGGCGAAUGAUUGCAAUGACUGGCACUGCUAUGCCAGAUGCAUUCUUCUGCAUCGCCGGAUGCCUUCUCACAUCAUGCGGCUGGAUCGACGCACUCGUAUAUGCACUCACGCGCCACGUCUUGACCCACCAAGACCACUCGAAUGGCAAUGGCCAAUACAACCAACACACACACAACACCGUAACAGCAGUUGCCACAAACGCCGCUAGACCCGGUGACGAUGACAACUACUAUGGCCUCCAAUCCAUACACAGCAAAGAGCCGAUGAAUGCCGCAGCCCGCACAGUCACCAUUGUUGGCGGCAGCAACCGCCUCUCGAGGAUAGUCGAGCACCGCCGCGCUCGCAGUCACAAUCCUCGCUCACAGGCAGAGAAUUCGGUGCACGAAGACAGUCCCACAAGGGCAGGGUCGCAAGACUCGAUAUUCAAGCCUGCGUCGCACAACAACGGUAUUAACAUCGUGACAGAAACCAACAUUGAAGUCGAAACGACGGAAUUCGACUUUGAUAUCGGACGCCCAAAGCCAAAAGAUUGGAGUUCGUAG